AUUAGUCCGGUUCAAGCUCCUAUACAGUAGGUGGCGCUAUGCACCUUCAACAUUUGCUUUCGGAACUCAAGAAGAAGCAGAAGAGCGGUUGCCAUUUCCGCAUAAACCGUCAGCGCAACAACAUGGCUGAGCAACUAGCUGAAUUUAGUCAGGAAAAUGUGUUUUCUGGUGAAAGCGGUGCGGCCAGGAUUCAAGAGCGACUUCAGAAACGGCAUCAGGCGAGAAUGGAGGACGCCGAGCGGAGGAAGGAAGCGAAAGAGAGCCAGUCUGUCGCCGAGGAAAAGGGCGAGUUUUUCUCCAGCACUUUCAGCAGGGAGCGGCUGUGUAUCGAGGAGCUGCUGUCCAGCUGCUCCGGAGCUGACCGGGCCGUCGUGACUCAGAGGCUGGAGGAGGCGACGGCCAAAACUGUGCUGCUCCAAAAGUUUCUGAACGACAGCGUGGUGUUUCUGACUUCGUACGAGCUAAGACAAGCCCAGGUUGCUCUCCAGAAACUCCAUACGUCCCUUGCUGAGACCAGGGAGGAGGCUCUGCCCAAGAAGAAGUUCGCCUUUCGAUCUCGCACUAAAGCAGCAGACAAAGUCUCCGCACCAGUGUCAGACACGGCUCCACCUGAUGCUGCCACACCUGCAGAUUCUGGUGAGGUGGCUGGAGAUGGAGCUUCUGAGCAGUGCGGCUUCUCCAACAUGGACAGCGAGUUUCUAACCAAAACAUCUGAGGAGAUCCAGAAACAAGACUUGCUGUUGACUCACCUGUCCAACUGCAAGGUCCGUCUGUUCGGUUCCCCCAGCACACUGCACCUGAAGCACAUUGACAGCUGCGAGAUCCUGUGCGGGCCGGUGUCUAGCUCAGUAUUCGUCGAUCAUUGCAGAAACAGUACGCUUAGCUUCCCCUGUCAGCAGCUACGCACCCACAACACAACAGACACACAGGUGUAUCUGCACGUCACCAGCCGGGCCAUCAUAGAAGACUGUCACGGAGUGAGCUUCGCCCCGUUCACCUGGGCUUAUCCCACUUUGGAGGAGGACUUUAGUGUGUCUGGCCUAGACCAGGAACGAAACAACUGGAGCCAGGUAGAUGACUUCAACUGGCUUGCUGCAGGAGAACCUUCCCCCAACUGGACUGUCAUUCCAGAAGGAGACAGGAGAACCAACUGGGAUCCCUAGAGCUCAACCUUUUAAAGCCUUUAUUUGCCAAGUUAACAUUUCAAUUAAACCACCAAACAAAAUGUAAGCCUGAAUACACAUAUAUAGUCUUGUCCAUGUUGCUUCAUGAAGAUGAGUUGGUUUGAUGAGGGUUCUCUUUUAAGACAGUGACUCAGUUGUACUCAGAUUGCAAUUUACGUAGCCCACACACCCAAAUAAUAGAGAAAACACUCAAUUUAAAUUAUUUCCAUCUUCACAUCAAAGAUGAAUUUUGUUAGCCAAUAGCACAGCAGUAUAUAAGAACAGAGGGCUUCUUCUUAUUGAAUCACCAAAUGCUCUAGACAGUAGAAUACAAAGCUAGCCAACCCUUGAUUUCCACGAAAAAGGCAGUAAUACGAGAAGGAAACUGAAAUAAAUGCAUCAUUUUCUCUACAUCAGCAUUACAAAAAUUGGGUUUUUGAUCAUUUUCUAAACCCAGUCUGAAAAGCAUUUGUCUUGUUGGAAGGAAAACAAAUUUGACUAAGAAUAAUCAGCAAAUUUCAUUCACUGUUUUGUGUUGUACUGCUACUUGUCUACACAGCUAUGAAUAAAAAAAAAAACAGCACUUUGUGUGACACGGUUAAAGCUGCACUAAUAUAUUUAAAUAAAAAUCCACCUGUUGUUAUCAUCCCGUACACAUCCUGUAGUAUGGAGGAGCAUCACAUCUUUCCUGAGGCAAUGCAUCCACUCAAAAUUAAACUCAGGUUUUGGACUAUUGUAGGUCUUUGUUCUUCUGCUCAUGAUUAGCAAACAGUUGGCAAAUUGCAAAACGAAAAAAACAGUGAAAGACUACUUCACUCAGAGAAAGCUGUACUCUCCAACAUUAGCUUUAAUGCCUGAUAGGCUGUGGUGUUGAAAAAAAUUCAAAUCAUCCUUUCUUGGUAGAUGUGUUUAUAGUUUACUAGUGUGACAUUGCAGGA